AUGGCCGGAGGAAGGAAGGGGGGCUGGAGAGCGGCGGCCGUGGCGGUGGUGGUGGCGGCGCUGUGGCUGUCAGCGGCGGUGGAGACGGCGAACGGGGACUUUGCGACGGACCAGACGGAGUGCGCCGAUGCGCUGGUGGGGCUGUCGACGUGCUUGACGUACGUGGAGGGGACGGCGAAGGCGCCGACGCCGGAUUGCUGCGCCGGGCUGAAGCAGGUGAUGGCGAAGAGCCCAAAGUGCCUGUGCAUCCUUAUCAAGGACCGCAACAACCCACAGCUCGGUUUGAAGAUCGACGCCAACAGAUCGAUGUCUCUCCCCUCCGUCUGCAACGUCCGCUCCAACAUCUCCCACUGCCCCGGUAACACCUCUCUCUCUCUCUCUCUCUCUCUCUCUCUCUCUCUCUCUCUCUCUCUCGCUACUUUCUUCUCGGUCUUCUUUACGAUACAGAGAAAGACACUAAGGACCCUUUCUUGCGUGAUCUCUCCUUCUUCUUCCUGA